AUUUAUCAGUUCCUUAACUCCUCCACCGGUGGCAACAAUAAAUACCUCCGCCCCCAUCACCAUCUCCCUUUCUCUCUCUAAACAUGCUCUAAUCCAAACAAAAACCCUCGCUUUCUCUCUCUUAAAAUCCCCCCACUCUGAUUCUAUGUCCGCCCAGCCGCCGCCCACGACCAUCUUCGACGGCGGCUCCUCCUCCGUCAUCACGCAAAUGCCACAGCUGCCGCCGCCCUACACGGACAGGCCAUCGCCUUCUUCCCGAUCCUCCUCCUCGUCCGACGACGUCUCGUCGUCUUCGAUAGUCAUAGUCAUUAUCAUCAUCGCCUCCGCCGUCAUCAUCUCCGCCUCCAUCUACCUCCUCCUCCGGCUCCUCUCCAAGCGCAUCCAUCGCAGCUUCUCCGCCGCCGACGACGUCGUGCUGCGGCGCGACUCCUCCAGCCAGAACCCUAGCCAGCCGCAAUGCCACGCGGCGCCGCCCGACGCCUUGCUGGAUUCCCUCCCGGUCUUCACGUUCCGCUCGGUCACCGGGAACCUCACCGGCGGCGACUGCGCCGUGUGCCUGUCGAAGUUCGAGCCGCACGAUCAGCUCCGCCUGCUGCCUAUCUGCUGCCACGCGUUCCACGCUACCUGCAUCGACGCGUGGAUCGUCUCCAAUCAGACGUGCCCGCUCUGCCGCUCCCCGGUGAUCGUCUCCGAUUCCGAGGUGUUCGAUAAAAUACUCCCCAAUCCGAACCGCGGCGCCGGCGCCGGCGGUUUUCGCGACGGAAACGGCAACAGCGGCAGUUUCCGGAUUGAGAUCGGAAGCAUCAGCCGCCGCCGCGGCGGAGGCGCUCCGGAGCUGGCGGAAGGAGAGCGGCGGUCGUAUUCCAUAGGCUCCUUCGAGUACAUCGUGGACGAUAGCGGCUACGAGGUCGCGGCGGGGUCAGUCACUCACCGCAGAGGAGCUUCCGACUGCACCUCCGCGGACAAGGAAUCGUCGGUCGGGAUUCCGAUACCGGAGGCGCCGGGGGAGGCGCUCGCGGCGGAUGUUUCCAGCGGCAGGAACUGGCUGCGAGAUUACGUAGACAGAUUGGCAUCAGUGUCGUUUAGAAGCUCGGGAAGAUUCUUCUCCGGCAGCAGCCGGCGGAGCGACCCUGUCGCCGCCGCCGCCGCCGUGGACGAUCUGGAGGCGAACCGCGUCGGAGAGGAGAUCAGCGAGCUGUUCCGGUGGCUUUCUGGGAUAUGAAAUGUAAAUUCUUCCGAUCAUUAGGGGUAAUUUCGUAAUUCUUGUUACAUAAACCUUCACCUUUUUUUCCCGCAGAAACUCCUUAUUUGCUAUCCACGCUUUAGAUCAGUAAGGUUUAAGUGGAUUUUUGGCAAAAUCUGGAGAGCGAAUACAAUUCUUUUUUGAUUUAUUUUAUGUAUAUUGCCUAAAAUUAUCUUUAUUCUAAUAUUUCAUUAAAA